GGGUGGCCAGCAUGAUCGCCCAGUUCAACGAGGGGCUGAACAGCUGUGGUGGAUUGUGGGAUACAGUGCGGUCCCAUUGGGAGGUGUUUGUGCCAGUGAUGACGAGUGCAAAGCAGCAGCCUCUGAGCCUGGAAGAGUUCAAACAGCUUUUCACCAUCUGCUACAGCCGUCCAGACAGCCGGCUGAGGGCAGCUGAGGAGGUCACAGCUAGACACUGGGAAGCCGCCCUUACCUUGGUCAGCGGUGGUGGGGCAGAUUUUUCCCUCGAAGACCUCCUCACCUUCGCGACAGGAGCUGAUCAUCUGCCUCCUCUUGGGUUGCCCAGUUUGAUCUCCCUGCGUUUCUAUUCCCAGGAUGCAGGCAUGUCAGGUGUGCGUCUGCCCUACACCUCCACUUGCUCUCUGGAGCUCUUCCUGCCAAGGGGAGCAGCAGGGGCUGCAGACCUGCUGAUGCUGCUGAGCAGAGCCGUGCACGAAGCCCUGGGCUUUACAUGUUUGCAGACAGAGGAAGAUGGAGAGGACAGCUGUAUGGAAGUGAUGACAAGUUCAUGAAGUGGACACCCUCGUGGAUACUUCAUGUCCUGCUGAACCUGAUGCUUAGGAGCUCAAAGGUUUCUGCAGGAUAUGAACACUGUGACUGAGAAGAAAGUCUCAUGGAUGAAUUAUUUGAGUAAAGACAGUCAUUUAUGUUUUGUUUUAAUAUUUUACUUGUUAUUCCAGCAUACCUGGGAUACAGAUUCUAAAGUCAUGCACCUCUAACACACGUUGGCUGACAUUUUAAGACUCUUUCUGAUUUCUUACAGAAUACCUCAUUUGAAUAGUUAAUUACUCAUCUUGCAUUAUGUCGCUACUGAUGUUAUAUGUGAUAUGUUGAGGAUAUUUUUAGACGAUUAAUGGCAACAUUUUCACUUGAUAUUAUCCUUGGUUUUAAGGCAGAUCUUUACCAUUGCUGUACAUAGAAUUCUUGUUGCUUCCAAAUCAAAUGUUCAAUAAAGAAGGGCA